AGAUGUUAAGACUACAGCUCCAACAAUACUUGUCGGGCACCCGGUUGGUUAAAGCUGGCAUAGGCAAUAUUGAGCUAGAUAGAUCAAUAGUCUGACUCAAUAUUGGGCAGUUUCCCAUCUUCCUAAGAUAGGUCCCUACCCCUAAACAUCCUGAAAUCUAAAUUUCUACAAUAGGGUAGGCAUGAAGGAAGGGAAAUCAAAAAGCCAUACCAGAUCUGACUGGUGCAAAGUCUGAGUUCAUGCCCACAUCCCUAUACAGAGAGUGUGGGGAGAGUUACGCUGCAGAGUUCCACAUUGCUCAUGCUGAUUCCGUUUUUCAGAGGGAUGGAGAACUUCUCUCUCUGGUUCUUUCCACUUCCUCUGUGAUCAGCAUCCAGUGACUGCAUUCCAAGAGCAUUUACUCAUAUGUUUUCUGAUGGAAAAUUGCCACAAAUAAAUACUAGGGAAGCCCAAAAUGAGGAACACAAUGUGGGGAGCAAUAUAAAAAGGGGGGAGCAACUCUGACCAGUUGCAAAGUACAUUUGCUAUCUAAAUCUCUAGUCGUUAAUCACAGAAUUGUACAGCUGGAAGGAACCACAAGGGUCAUCAUCUAGUCCAGCCCGCUGCAAUGAAGGAAUCUUUUGCCCAAAGUGGAGCUUGAACACACAGCCUUGAGAUUAAGAGUCUCAUGCGCUACUGACUGAGCUAUCCCACAGGCCCCGUUUCAGUUUUUACUAAAGUUGCUAGUCAUUUUUUCUAACCCUGGAACUGUGUGUGUGUGAUAGCAAUUGCUCCAGUGGUGAGAGAAACAUAGUCUGCAAAUGUUCAUAGGCACCUCCUCCUUUAUCCCUCGCGUUCAGAACUGGAGCUCACGUCCUGCCCUCUCACAUAAAAGGAGCCCGAGCUGCCCUUUCCACAGAGAGCUGAAGAACUCUGUGUAGUUCGAACGUCGGCACUUUCGGUUACACAGGUCUGCCUACGGCUUGAUGUCUAGGGGCGUGGCGUGGCUCCCGAUUGGCUCAUAAGAGGGACGCCCAGAAGCUGCUCGGCCGGCGAUUGGCUAAAGCGCGCGGGAGAGGACGGUUCUUUGGAACGUUGGCUCCGUUUUCGCUUCCCAGCGGGGGCCUUGCGAUGGCGCUACCCCGGUUGUUGUUUCUUUGGGCGACGGUGGCGGCAGUUGCUGCUGCAUCCCGGCCCCCGUGGGACUCGAUUGCCCGUUUGCAGCCGGGGACGGACGAUGCACGGCAGGCGGUGGCGGUGCGGGAGCUGCUGGAGCGGCUGCUGGGCCCGAGGGCUGCCUCCGCCUUCUCGGUGUCGGUCAACCGGUCUUUGGCCGGGCCCGGCGGGCUUGACACCUACCGGCUGAGCUCGAGGGCUCCGGGCGUUGUAAACGUAGCUGGAUCCAGCGGCGUGGCCGCCGCCUCGGGAAUCUACCAGUACCUAAAGGACUACUGCGGUUGCCAUGUCUCCUGGUCUGGGAAGCAGCUCCGACUGCCGGAUAGCCUGCCGCCGGUACCCACUGAGAUCAUCGUCACCAGCCCCAACAGAUUCCGCUUCUACCAAAAUGUCUGCACCCAGAGCUACUCCUACGUGUGGUGGAACUGGGAGCGCUGGGAACAGGAGAUCGACUGGAUGGCGCUUCACGGCAUCAACAUGGCGCUGGCAUUCACCGGGCAGGAGGCCGUCUGGCAGCGGGUAUAUUUGUCCCUGGGCCUGAACCAGUCAGAAAUUGACGAGUAUUUCACUGGACCGGCAUUUCUGGCUUGGAACCGGAUGGGGAACUUGCACACCUGGGCGGGGCCACUGCCCCUCUCGUGGCAACUGAAGCAGCUCUACUUGCAGUACAGGAUCCUGGAGAGAAUGCGGAGCCUGGGGAUGUUGACAGUGCUGCCUGCCUUCUCAGGAUACGUUCCUCGCGGCAUCUUAAGGGUUUUCCCCCGGGCCAACGCCACACAAAUGGGGAGCUGGAGUCACUUUGACUGCACCUACUCCUGCUCCUACCUCCUGUCGCCCGAAGACCCCAUGUUCCAGGUCAUCGGGACCCUCUUCCUGAAAGAACUGACCAGGCAGUUUGGUACGGAUCACCUGUACAGCGCCGACACCUUCAACGAGAUGCGCCCACUCUCAUCGGAUCCCGCCUACCUGUCCCAGGUCAGCGCAGCUGUCUUCCGCUCCAUGACGGGAGCUGACCCCCGUGCCAUAUGGCUGAUGCAAGGCUGGCUUUUCCAACACCAGCCCGACUUCUGGCAGCCGGCCCAAGUCCGCGCCCUCCUCCAGGGCGUACCCCUUGGCAGGAUGGUGGUGCAGGACCUCUUUGCCGAAUCCAAGCCCGUUUACCCCUGGACUGAGUCCUUCUACGGGCAGCCGUUUAUCUGGUGCAUGCUGCACAACUUCGGUGGCAACCACGGCCUUUUUGGCACAGCGGAGAGCAUCAACCAGGGUCCCUUUGCCGCCCGGGGCUUCCCCAACUCCACCAUGGUGGGCAUUGGCCUGACCCCCGAAGGCAUCGAGCAGAACGACGUGAUGUAUGAGCUCAUGACUGACCUGGGCUGGUGCAAGGAGCCCCUGGACCUCCGGCAGUGGGUGUCCGCUUACGCCUCGCAGCGCUACGGAGCCAGCAACGCCCAGGCGGCCGCGGCCUGGCAGCUGCUUCUCCAGAGUGCCUACAAUUGCUCAGGGCCGUACACCAACCACAACCGCAGCCCGCUGGUGCACCGCCCUUCCUUCCGGAUGACCACGGAGCUCUGGUACAACGAGAGCGACGUCUACGAGGCCUGGCGGCUGCUGCAAAGCUCCGUCGACGUGCUCGGCACCAGCAGCACCUUCUGCUACGACCUGGUUGACGUGACCCGCCAGGCCAUGCAGCAGCUGGUGAGCCGGUAUUACUUGGAAAUCAAGCAGGCUUUCCAGAGCCGCAUGCUCUCCCGCCUGCUGACGGCGGGCGGCAUUCUGGUCUACGACCUCCUGCCAGAGCUGGACAGCCUCCUGUCGAGCGACAGGCGGUUUCUGCUCGGGCGGUGGCUGGAAGCCGCCCGCUUGUCGGCCACCAGCGACCAGGAGGCGGUCCUCUACGACCUGAACGCACGCAACCAGCUGACGCUCUGGGGGCCCAACGGCAACAUCUUGGACUACGCCAACAAGCAGUUCGGAGGGCUGGUGUUGGACUAUUAUGGGGUGCGCUGGAGCCUGUUUGUGUCCACCCUGGUGGAGUGCCUCAACACCGGGACCCCUUUCCACCAGAACCACUUCAACCAAGCCGUCUUCCAAGUGGAGAGGGGCUUUAUCUACAACGGGAAGCGGUACCCGACCAAGGCCAUGGGCAACACGCUGGACAUAGCCAGGAAGAUAUUUCUCAAGUAUUACCCUUCCGCAGUGCAGCACAAUUGCUCGAGGGCUGUGUGAGAAGAGACUCACUAUUGGCAGGCCCCCGUCUCUGCUUGCCGUCAGUCCCAACCACUGCACUCGUCCCGCGUUGGGUGUUCUGAGCCAGAUCUGACUGCUGAACAGCUUCUUCUUAAAUGCACAUUUUCCCAGUGUUCGAGUGGCACAGGAGCUGCUGGUGGUGGGAAUGGGAGUGACUUCUGGUCAGAAAGAGAGGUGACAGAGUUUAUAAAGCCUGUCUGGAAGCCUUUAACCCUGUCUCCAGAUGGGUGCAGAGGCUAGUUGUGGUUGAGGGAUCAUUGUCAGGGACUCAGCACAUGGUUCUUGGGGGCACUUCUCCUUGUUUUUCACGUGUUCCAGAGCUGGCUCAAAUUGAGCUCUAAAAAGGUUAGCGGGGUGGUGGAGAUGGACUCUGCUGCCUUAAUAUGGAGACGGAAGUGCGCAGUCACGAGGCUUUGCAACGCAGCUCCCUGCCAAAAGACUACCCGCAUCGCAGCCCUCUUCCCUCCACACAGGCAAGGGGUGGCUAACCUGUGGCUUGUAGGCCCCUCAGGGUUUUUUUGUGUAGCCUCUGCAACUCCAACAUUUAUCAUUUUAAAGAUAAUAAUUUCAUUUAAAAAUCUGUGAUGCCACAAGAUUGGGGGGGGGGCCUUUCCAAAGCUCCCCAUUUAAAAACAAAACAAAACAAGAAACCUUUAAAAUAAUUAUUAUAUUCUUUUUUACUAACUGCUCUCAUAGGUAUUCCAAAGUGAUAGUCUGAUGACAAAAUGUUUUAAGGCCCCUCCGAGGUCCCCUGCCCCAAUUUUUCUUAUUAUUCCCCCCCCAAAAGAUAAUAAUGAGUACUUUAUUUUAAUAUAUAUACUGAUCACUCAUAUGGGUCCCCUGCUGCUGUGACUCUGUGGUGCCAAAAAGGGCUUUGUGGUCCCAUUAAGACUUCCCAAUGGGUCCAUUUAAAAUAGUAAUCAACUAUAAAAAACUGGUUGCACCCACCUUGACAUGAGGCCCCUGAAGUGGUUAGCCACCCCUGCUGGAUUGUAUUCAGCUGUGGUCCGUGUUUUCUCCUGCUCACCCCAAGCAGAAGCGCUGGAAGAAGAGUUUGGAUUCGAUAUCCUGCUUUAUCACUACCCUAAGGAGUCUCAAAGCGGCUAACAAUCUCCUUUCCCUUCCUCCCCCACAACAAACACUCUGUGAGGGGAGUGAGGCUGAGAGACUUCAGAGAAGUAUGACUGGCCCAAGGUCACCCAGUAGCUGCAUGUGGAGGAGCGGGGAAUCGAACCCAGUUCACCAGAUUACGAGUCCACUGUUCUUAACCACUACACCACCUACAGAAGAGAUUGCUCCAGCUGCUUUCCGCAAGCAAGCAUUUGAAGCAUUGAAGAGACCAGAUGAAGUGACAGGGAACCUGUAGCCAUCCAGACAUUGUUGGGACUCCCAACUCCCAGCACCCCUGACUAUUCCUGAAGAGCCACAGGUUCCUCGCAAUUGGACUAGAGGAUCGUUAGGGAUCUUCCCACCAAAAAAGCUAGGCUUUGGCUGCAUUCAGACAGCACCGUUUAGUCCAUUUUCCUGUUUAGUCCAAUUUCCGCGUUUCCAAGGGAUAAUCUCAUAAGAGGCAAAAGACACUUGUGGAAAUACGUUGUGGCCUAGUGC